AUGUCUGCCUCCAACCCUACUGCGGUGGACAACUCAGAGUCCCUCCGCUCAUCCGCAUCUUCUACAAAUGGUUAUAGCAACAACGAAGACAAGAACUUGGCCAUGGAAAAUGAAGAACAAGAACAGGACCCAGAACCUUUAACUGACGAAAACUUUUUCACAAACGAUGCCGCUAACCCACAACAAUUAGAGGCUGGGCAAUUGAACAAAUUCAGAACUGCUACCGACGAGAUGUCCGAAGUCGAGUCCAAUAUCGAAUUGCAAAGAAGAGUCACAAGACAGACCCUUGGCUACGAUGACUUGGUGAAAACAGCCACGAGUACAAGUAAGCCAAUGCCCCCAAUGGGUAAUGGCCGACCAUUCCCACCGCACCCAGGCUCACGCGACCCUUAUGUUGUGCAAUUUGACGGACCAGAUGACCCAGACCACCCAAAGAAUUACACCUUGUGGAGAAAAUUGACCUACACCGCAGCAGUCGCAAUGAGUGCAUUGAGUGUGAGUAUGGGGUCAGCAAUGUUUGCUGAAGCAACCGAGGAGUUGAUGGUGAUUUACCACAUUGGUACCUCGGUUGCAGCCUUGGGUACGUCAUUGUUUGUGUUUGGUUUCGCCGCAGGUCCCGUCAUUUACGGUCCACUUUCAGAACUAUUUGGAAGAAAAAUCAUUAUGGUCCCCAGUUGUUUAGGAUACACCUGUUUCUCAUUUGCCGUUGCCACUGCUAAGGACUUGCAAACAAUUAUGAUUUGUCGUUUCUUUGCUGGUUUCAUUGGUGCAGCACCAUUGGUGGUUGCCCCAGCAGUCAUGGCCGAUAUGUUUACAGCAAGGACAAGAGGUACGGCAAUCACGAUUUUCGCCAUGGUCUUGUUUGGUGGACCCAUGUUGGCACCAAUUUUGGGUGGUUUCACCGUCAAGAAUAGUGCAUUGGGAUGGAGAUGGACCUCAUACUUUUGUGGAAUCAUUGGUGCUUUUGCCUUGGUUUUGAACGCCUUUGUAUUGCAAGAAACCCAUCAUCCAAUUAUUUUGAAACGUAGAGCCGAGGAAUUGAGAAGAAGAACAGGAAACUGGGGAAUUUACGCACCACACGAGGAAAUCACAUUGGACAUCAAGGAAAUUUGCGAAAAGAACAUUAUGAGACCAUUGGUUAUGCUUUUCACCGAGCCCAUCAUUUUCCUUAUUAGUUUGUACAAUGCGUUCAUUUACGGUAUGCUUUACUUAUUCCUUACAGCAUUGCCAUUGAUUUUCAUUGGAAACUACCACUGGUCACAAGGAGUUGGUGAACUUCCAUAUUUAUCAAUGUUGAUUGGUGUUUUCAUUGGUGGAGGUGCAAUCAUGUUUUUUGAAAAGCGUUAUAACCAAAAGAUGGAUGCAAAUGGAGGCAAACCCGUUCCGGAAGAGAGGUUACCACCAUUGAUGGUUGGUGGUUUUACAUUCGUCAUUGGUAUGUUUUGGCUUGGAUGGAGUGGUGCGUACGCCGAACAUGUGCACUGGAUUGUGCCCACUAUUGGUGCGGCAUUUGUUGGUAAUGGGCUCAUGAUGAUCUUUUUACCAUGCUUCAACUAUAUUAUUGACUGUUACUUGCUCUACGCUGCCUCGGCGCUUGCAGGAAACACAUUUAUUAGAUCUGCAUUUGGAGCUGCAUUCCCACUUUUCGCUAGACAAAUGUUUGUUAAUAUGAAGAUCCAAUGGGCAAGUACACUUUUGGGAUGUUUGGGCUUGGCUAUGAUUCCCGUACCCUUUUUGUUUUACAAAUUUGGUAAACGUGUUAGGGCCCACUCUAAGUAUGCGUUUGUUUUAGAAUAG